AAGAACCGAGGGAGUAUAAGAAAAGAAUUUCCUCUGUCUUCUCUACAACUCCGCCGUCUGCAAAUAGAUUCAUCUGCUUCAUCGAGGAUGACGGACGAAAGGACUUUUGUCUUGGCCUAUCCUUGUCACUGCACCUAUGCAUCUGUGGGUGAAAUCGUGUCUAAGUUCGAGAAAUUGAAUUUUAAGAUCACAGAGAUGGGAUGUAUUCAUGUGAAUGAAGCUUUCGCUCAGGUGCAUGUUGAUGCAGUUGGAUUGGAUCCUGAAAAUGAUAUGCUACCCUAUGGAAAUUUGGUUUACUACUUAGCUUCCAAUCCUGUUGUUGCUAUGAUUGUGGAGGGAGAGGGUGUUAUUUCGAAAGUUUGUGCUUUAAUAUCCGACAAGCAACAUCCCUUUUGGGCUACUAAGGGGAUAGAGACGGUCUAUGCCAGCUCUACAUAUGAAGAAGCGGAAAAAGAUAUUAGCAGGUGGUUUGAUUCCGUCGACUUGGAGAAGAAAAUGGAACAGAGUAAAAAGGUGGUGUAUGUGCUUCCGGAUAAGGUGCAUGGCCCAUUGGGCCAAGUUGAAGAAAGAUUAAAAAAGGAUCGCCUCAUCCAGCUUCAACCGGACCUUAAAGGCGAUUUUUAUAUGGAUAAGAUGUGUGUCUUCUUAAUCAACCCUUUAGCUUUCAAGGAGCGUUGUGUUGGUGAAAUUUUGGGUGCUAUUGAGAACAACUGUUGCAUAAAAGGCAUAAAGCUCGUGAGAAAGAAGGACUGUCCUAGCGAGUUGUGGACUUCUGGUUCUCUUCCCUCUGAUCGUGGUGUUGCCGUGGUUGGUUACCUAGUCGAAUCAGUCUUAAAUAUCACAGCUGUGGAUCCAAUUGCCAAGGAUAUUAACUAUAUGGAUCGUGUGUUUAAUAUCGGCAGCAAAUACGUCCAACAAAGCGAAAUGGGGAAAAAGGUGUUGGAACAUGCUACCAAUUUUUUCAAAUCUGGUUUUAGUGUUUGGGCGCGUCCAGGGAGCUUUAGCUUGGGUGGCUGUAUGUUUGAGGCUUCCAUAGUUGGUCUUGUCGAUCCGGAGUAACUUAAUUUACGUAUUUCUUUUCACUUAUUUUGUUGUUGCUGUUUUCGGUUCUACGGCAGGCAAACAUGAGUCUGCGUGUUUCAAACAAUUAUUUGCAACUCUUUUUUAAAAUAUGUAUCAAUCAAAACAUGGAUACAAAAGGAUCGGUGGUGUCGCUUAGCCUGUUUUGAAUUCCAUGAGUGGGUACAGUAAAGUUUGGACUCUUUUACAUUUGAA